AUACUGGGGUUUAUUAUGUCAAGUCUAUGUGUGUGUUUCUCUGUCAGUGUGAUUCAUGUCUGAUGCUCACUGUGGUUUUCCUGCCAGCAAGUUCUGCAAAUUGAAAAUACUGUAUGUCAAAGUCCCUGUAGUCAGACACACAGUCUGCAGAGGGUUCGUUCACGUUCCUCAGCUUCAUCAUGGCUGGACAUCUGCUGUUAGUCGUCCUCAUGUAUUCCUUUGCUGAGAUGAAAGCACAAGCUCUUCCUCCACCCGCACUGACGGCAAAUCCAGCGGUGAUCACAGAGACAGAAACAGUCACACUGAACUGUCAGCCUCCAUCAUCUGUUUCUGUGUCUCAGUGUUAUUAUCGCAUUGGAAGAGGAAAACCAGGCAAAGUCUUCUCAUGUCUGAAGACACUGACAGGGACUGAGCUGCUGGAGAUGACACACCAGAGUUCACCUGCUGAGGUUAAAGUGACAUGUUUUUAUCUCUACGGUUCUUCAUCUCCUGACAGUGACGUUUCCUCCAUCAUCAUCAGAACAUCUCUUCCACCUAAACUGACAGUGAAUCCAGCGGUGAUCGAGGACACAGACUCAGUCACACUGAACUGUCAAACUCCAUCAUCUGUUUCUGUGUCUCAGUGUCAUUUCUACACUGUAAAUGGAGGAACAGCCAAAGUCCUCUCAUGUCUACAAACACUGACAGCGACUGAGCUGCUGGAGAUGGCACAUCAGAGUUCACCUGCCAAGAUUCAAGUGACGUGUUUUUACACUGUAAAGGUUGGAGAGUUAAACUAUCCAUCUCCACACAGUGACACGUCCUCCAUCACCAUACACAAGUCAAGUGUGACACAGACUGUGACGACAUCUCUGAUGACCACAGGUCUGACUGUUAGCACGCCUCGUGCCUCCACUACUGUAACUCCUGUAACAUCAGUUGUCAGUACGCCAAGUAUCACUACUGGUUUUAUCUCUACUUCAGUAAAACCGGCACCAGAUACCAGUAUGACUGCUCUGAAUCCAGGAUCUGGCAAUGAAGCAACAGGUUGGAGUGUCAACACGGCUGGCAAUAAAGAAGUCUCUAACCCUGCAACCCCUCAGGAAACAGCUUCAGCAGGAAUGUGGAUAUGGAGGUUUGUAGCAGUUGUGGCUGGUUGUGGAGUAACUGUGGGAGUCGUUGUGCUGGUUUCUGCAAUGCUCUGCAAAAGAAGAACUGUAGCAGGUUCUGGGGAAGUGAAAAGACAGGAGCCUCAAAAUGAGAAUUUUGAAACAUACCAUUUGUAUGCCACCAUCGCUGAGGAGCCAGCAGCAUCAGACCUGAAGGGGAUAACGUACAGCACAGUGCAGAAACACUGACACUGUUUUAUACUGUAUUCACCUUAUUCCUGAGGGCACUACUGUAGAAAUAAUUAUGGGCACAAAUUCCAGUGAGAUAGCAGAAGUAGCAGUAAGCUCGUUAGUCUCAUAGACUGUGAUUAGUCAGUGGCUACUCUUGGUGGCUAACCGCCAACACUGGUACUUUUCUAAACUAAUUUGCCUUCAGCUUAGCAAAUACUAAUUUAUUUUUUUUAACAAAUAUUUAACUAAUGUUAACUAACUGUUAACUGUCUGUAACGACUAACGACCAGUCCAAGCUACAUUUUUGUCUUCAGCAACCGUGUGUUGAUCGUGUAACCAGAACAAAAAUGUAUGAUGUAUGAUCCACAGCACUGGUUCCAAACAACAUGUCAUUUUUUCAGUUUAAGAUUGAAAAUGUAUUUAGUUUUACUCUUAUAUUGUGUAACUAAAAUGGAAUUUCACUCCUUAUUGUAAUUUUUGUUUUGUUUUCUAAUGGUUUUCUCAUUAAUGUUGAUAUUUCUUAUUUUUUUUGUAUCUGGAUUUUUUUUUCUUCUGAGCCUUCUGUGACUACGCAUU